CGGCGACCCAUGGUGAAUGACUCCAAAAGAAAGGAGAGCGAACGCUCCACCCCCGCUGAGUUUGCCCAGACCUCGACGUCUGCCGGCCUCGACAUUGGUAUCUGGGGAGUAAAUCUCGGCUUUGGCAUUGCCCGAGGCGUCAUCGGCGCCGGGUCUGCAUUUGCUCCGCGCGGGGUGCAGGCGCUCGACUCGAUCCUCGCUGGCGCCCAGGGCACCGCAACCUCGUCGAUCGAGUUCUCGCGAGCUGUCUCAUCUCGCGCCAUCGACUCGGCGGCUCGCGCUGCCGCCUCCGUCCCGUCGUCAGAAUCGAUGGGGAGCCCGGCACCAGCGAACGACCUCGACCUCAAGGAGUACUUCCAGCUUCGCCUAGAGAACGAGAUGAUCCUCUACAAGAAGCUGCAUCCGACUCGCUCCUUUGCCGACUACAUCUCGGACUGCUAUCCAGAGAACGCGACCCGGCGUGAGGACGGGACGAUUGAGCUCGACGAGCGAGUCAUGGGGCACAGCUGGCACGGCGCGUGGGUCAGCCUCACCGCGGACGACGUUCCGCACCACAUUCCCGACGCGCCGCCGGUCCCGCCCACCCCUCUCGCGCACGAUGGCACCGCCCGGCCGGCCCUGGUGGCGGACUCUGCUGCGGUGCUCGCGACGGCGUCGCAGGCUGCCGCCCCUUCGCAGGGCGAGGAGGUGCCGAUGGGCGUCGCUGUGCCCGAAGAGGCACUCGCCGCCGCGCCGGCCGCCGCACCGGUCGAGGCUGCGGCGGCACCGAGCGAAGACGCCGAGCCUCCGGCCUCCCCUCCGGCGGCGGAGGGCGAGGCGGCGGGCGAGGCGGCGGAGGCCCUCGCGCACCUCAAGCUCUCGGAGCUGCGGCAGCGGCUCGCAGCGUCGGGGGUGGACGGGGCGGCCGUCGACGAGGCGCUCGACGAGGCUGCUGAGAGUGGCUCCAACCCGAAGCAGGCGCUCGUCGCUUUGCUGCAGACUCGCUCACGCCCUCGGGCGCCGCCCCCGUCGGAGAGGCUGGCCGCGCUCGACCUGGACUGAGAGAGGUGUGAGGCGGCGGGAGGGGAGGGCAGCGCAGCCGGCCCACGGGCGCCUUCCGGAAUCGUAGCUGGCCUGCACUCUGUGGACUGUGCUGACGCGUGUUUUUGUAGGUGCGAGGUGUCGGGGGUCUGGGGAGAUUUUGCCAUGUUCGCGUUUCGCGGAAGGCGUACACCCGCGGCCGCGCCCCCCGGCGCGCGCGCGAGUUAUACCGCAAAAACACAAACACCCAUUGGCGGCGCUGUUUUAAUAAUGUCACACAAACGCA